AUGUCUCCGAGCCCUGGACAGUAUCAUACCAUGUCCGGUCCUCAGCCCGCUGGCAACUGGGUGCAGGUCCCCGCCAACGCGGCACCACAGCAAGUCAUGCUCGUUCAAACCCAACCAGCUCCUCCUAUUCCUCCACCUCAGAUGGCAGGGACUGCGACAUAUGUGACCUGGACGUCUGGACCUUCUGGUCCUUCGCAUUGUAUUCUCCCUGGAUGCGGUAAACCGGCCUGGGUCGACCCAAGUGGAAAGCCAAGUUAUUACUGCUCAAUAGCACACAAGAAUCUCGGGAAUACAUGUGCACUCCCAAAUUGCGGCAAAAAGGUGUACAAGGACCCCAUUACGGGCCAGAAGGGCAAGUAUUGUAGUCGAGGACAUGCAGCAUUGGGUCAAUCAGGCGCACCACAGUCUGCACCCGUCGGUGUUCCCUCUGCGCCUACGCAGUAUGGAGUACCUCCCGGUCCAUCGCCAAAUCCGGGUUGCUGUCAGUGGGAUGGAUGCACGAAGCCAGUCUGGAUUGACCCGAGCGGGAAGCCAACGCAAUAUUGCGGCAAGACUCACUUGAUGCUCGGUCAGCAGGGUGCCGCUUUGGCGCAAUAUCAACCUGGCGGGCAAUCGAAUUCGCAGCCUGUGCAACAGCCCGGUGUAUAUAAUCAAACUGUAUGGACCAACAACGGCCCUCAGCCCUCUAAUCAAAACCAGGGGCCUCCUCCCUCUGGUCAACAAGUAUACAACCAAACAGUUUGGUCUCAAGCUCCCCCACCGGGUACGCCUUCUCAACCUCCCCCUGGACAACAAGUGUACAACCAAACUGUUUGGCCUAAUGCGCAGACUCCGCAACCCCCUUCCGGUCCUCAGCAUCAUCCACUUCCGACGCCUCCAGUACAAAAUCAACCACAGCAACCGCAAGUGUAUACUCAGACUGUCUGGCCAAACCCUGCGGGAGGAGGUAGCAAUGCGAGUCCUUCACCGUACGGACAACCACCAGCUUGGUCCAACGGCCCCACGCCAGGACCUGGUACGCCGUCGGGAUACGCAGGUCCUCAGCCGUAUACUCCCGGAGAUGGAGGAGGAGGACCAGGGAAUUAUUCAGUUCAACAGCAUGGGCCUCCUUCAUAUUCAUCACCUCCCAUGUCUUCCCCGCAGAACAUGCAGUACGCUCAGCCACAAGCACCAACCAACACGUUUAUCAGCCCUGUGAUUAGCAGUACACCGGGAAUGUAUGGAGGAAACGGGAACCCGCAAUGGAAUAAUUCAGCAGUUGUACGCCCAUGA